UUAGAGUAAAGUAAUUUUCAAUGAGGGCAAUACGAACUGAAGAUGAACAGGCCGGGCUACGAAUACACCGUGCCUGUCUCCACCACAUAUUAUCCGACGAACAGUCGGCCACCACAAUAUGAACACGGAUAUGGCCAACUUACCUCAGUUCCCGUCUACAGUCCAUCAGCGCAUCCCCUUUCAAAUUAUGCCGACAUCUACGAGGGCAACAAUGAUACCACUCUUCGAGCCGAGGAAAGACAUUGGUAUAUAGAAAACCAUAAGAAUGUACAACCAAAUCACACUAAUAAUGAGACUAUACCAGAAGUUAAAGUUAAGAAAGAGGAAGAGAAGAAAACUGAUACGCAAAUCGUAAGAUCUGAAGCAGCACAAGCAAGACAGAGGAGGAAGGAAAACCGAUGUUCCUGUGAAUGUUGGCCUAGUUCUGACAAUAAUGAUGUGCAAAUUGCAAAUGGGAACGCAACGACGAGAUCUCUGUCAGGGGUCGACAUGGUGGCGUCUUAUGGCGUAUACGGCUCUUCACAAGAUGAUGAAAGCUCUGGGUUUGGUCGCAUGUCUGAGAAGAAUGCAUAUUCUCAGACAAGUACUGCCCAAGUCCAGGGUGUGAUAGUGAAUCAGCAGGGAAAUAGUGCAGUGGUUAGAACUGCCAGUGCAGACUCUACUUCGUGUGCGAAGUGUUGUGUGUGGUCAUCGAACCCACAAGUAGCGAACUCUGAAGACUAUUGCUGGCUACAUUAUUGUAGACCAGCCCUUAUUGUGUUGUUGUUGCUGUUUUUUCUAGUUUUGUUGGGCGUUUCUACAGGGUUUCUAUUGACAAAUAACUAUUUACAUUACCAACCACGACCACCGGCCCCCGAAGAGGCCUGUGAAAAAACGUUUUGUCGUUGGGGAGCUGAAUGUGUGUCAUUAGGCGAUGGCCGUGCCCACUGCGCUUGCCCUACAAGCUGCCCAUCAGCAGCAACGCCGGUUUGUUCCACCGCGGGUCGGACAUACAGAAACCAUUGUUUCCUAAGAAAGGAGGCUUGCGAACGAAGAUUAAACUUACGGGUCAAGCAUGAGGGUGAAUGUGAAACCGGGGAGCCCUGUAGUACUAUGACCUGUCCACCUGGAACACGUUGUGUUGCGACCUUUGGCCAGGCUGAAUGUCGGUGUCCUCGGAAUUGUCAAAAGCGAAAGGUGGUAUGCGGAUCUGACGGCAGAGAAUACCCCUCAGAGUGCCACGUCCAUAAACACGCUUGCGACAACCAGCUUAAUAUCACAGUGAAAUAUCAUGGAAAAUGCGAUCCCUGCGCGGACCAUGAAUGCACUGAUGGCAGUGUGUGUCAACUGAAUGAGGUACGUGCCCCGGUUUGUCGUUGUGGCCCUGCGUGUGAUCUGAUCGUUCAACCUGGUUCAGGUGUAUGUGGAUCCGAUUACAAAGACUAUAUAAGCGAGUGCAGUCUACGCCAAGAGUCCUGCCGAACGAGGCAACAGUUGUCCAUAGCUUACAGAGGAGAGUGCGCAUCAGCCCAACAUCCGUGCGAAUCUGUCAAGUGCAGUAUGCGAGAGUUAUGCAGUUUAGAUGCACGUGGAGUCGCUGUAUGCGGCUGUGGUCCAGAAUGUGAGAAGGUGAUGAGACCAGUCUGUGGAAGUGACAGUCGUACCUAUGACAACCCUUGCCAGCUGCACCGAGCUGCGUGUUUAGAGAACCGGGAGAUUCGAGUUGCUUAUAUGGGUGCUUGUGGAGAAGAAAACCCAUGUGCCCAAGCAAGUUGUCCCUGGGGAGGAGCUUGCAUAGCACACGGUGGCACUGCGCGUUGUUCUUGUCCUGUUUGUGACUCCAGUCUAGCGCCCGUGUGUGCAACAGACCACAAUACAUAUGGAAGCGAGUGCAAAAUGCGUAUGCACGCCUGUCAAGAGGGUAUCGGGGAACAUCAACUCAAAGUCCUUUAUAAUGGUACUUGCUUAACAUGUGGAGAUAUCGUUUGCCUUGGCGGCGGUGACUGUGAGGUGGACGUCCUAACUGGUCGCCCUGUAUGUCGCUGUAUCCACAAUUGCACUGAUACUCAGGAUGUAGUAUGUGGAAAUGAUGGACAAACAUACAGAUCUCAGUGUAAAUUAGACUCAACUGCAUGUCGAGAGCAGAGUGACCUCCGGCUGGCUUAUAAUGGCGACUGUGCUUUAUGUGAGGGAGUGCAGUGCUCUUUUGGGGCCCACUGUGUAGCUGGAGAAUGCUUGUGUCCCACCGAUUGUAUGGGCGCUCCUCAUGAACCAGUAUGUAGCAGUUCUAUGCAAACAUAUCCCAAUGAAUGCGAACUUCAAAAGGCAGCAUGUGGAGUGCCACCACCGACGAAACUUCACGUUAUUUUCUAUGGUGACUGCAAAGAUAGACUUGCUGUUGUACCACCUAUAGCUAUGACAACAACCGCGAUGACUACAACCGAGGCUGAGCAAGAGUUUACGGAUUCUUUGGGUGCAACGGAUGGGGAGUCGACAAGUGCAUCUGCUUGCCGCGAUAUCCGUUGCGAUUUUGACGCCAGCUGUGAAAUCGGUGUAGACGGCUAUCCCCGUUGCUCUUGCCUCUUCGAAUGUCCAACGGAAGAUGAAUAUUUUCCGGUCUGUGCGUCCGACUUUCGACUUUAUCCAAGUUUGUGCGCGAUGCGGAAGGAGGGAUGCCAGAAGCAAUUAGAGCUUAGAUUACGACCGCUGGAUUUAUGUAAAGGCAUGGAAGUCAGGCCUUGUGGGAACAGCAAAGCAAUGAUCGAUUUAUCUACGGGUCUUGAAAUAGACUGCGGGAACGGGCCCCAUCGACAGGACUGUCCUCUGGGGAGCUACUGCCACAUCACACUCACAGCGGCCAGAUGUUGUCCGAAAAAUGACAUGAAGCAAGAGGAAGAUAAGAAGGUGCUGCAUUGUUCAGACAGCGUGUUUGGUUGUUGCGGGGAUGGUGUGACGUCAGCAUCGGGCCCUAAUGAGGAGGGUUGCCCGGUUACAAGCUCAAGUUGUGGUUGCAAUCGCUUGGGGUCGGUGUCUGAUCAGUGCGAUGAUAGCGGUCAGUGCGUGUGUCGGCCGGGCGUUGGUGGACUUAAGUGCGACAGAUGCGAGCCUGGCUACUGGGGUCUGCCGCGUAUAGGCUCAGGACACACUGGUUGUAUUCCCUGCGGCUGUUCAGCUUUUGGUUCUGUGAGAGAAGAUUGCGAACAAAUGACUGGUCGUUGUGUCUGCCGCCCCGGAGUUCAGGGACAAAAGUGUACCGUCUGUGCCGAUCAUAGGAGACGACUAGGGCCUAAUGGUUGUUCCGAUCCUGAAAACUUAGCGAUCGCUGAAUCGUGCGCAGAGCUUUCUUGCUACUUUGGUGCUGUCUGCACAGAGCGGACUGGUGGGGCCCUAUGUGAGUGUGCCGCUGCACCGUGCCCCGACAGCGAUCUCAAUAUGCUGGUUUGUGGAAGCGACGGAAAGACGUACGAAUCGGAAUGCCAUCUCAAACUGCAGGCAUGUAGAACACAAGAGGAUAUUGUUAUACAGGCAUUUGGGCCUUGUAAAUUAUCAGAAAUACCGGCCACUGCGGGGCCUCCGAGACCUUCCUCGCCCAUACAAUUCACCCAACAAGACGAUGGUGCAGCCUCUAAAUCUACACGACACUUACUUAACCCCGACAAAUACUACAAUAAGUAUGAAUGGACACUAAAAGAAACGCCAAGUGAUUUUGAUAGCAUUCUUUCCGGCCAAAAAACGAAAGGUUCACAAACAGCAACAACAGCAACGGUUGGGGCUGUUGGGGCAUUGCUUGGCGAUCUUUGUACUGAGGAUUCUGAUUGUAACGCAUUGCCGGGUGCACAGUGCGCCCGAGGCGGUUGCGUUUGCCGCCCUGGAUAUAUACCAACUCCGCAUAGGAAAGCAUGUGUUGAGCAAGUGUCUCCAGAAACAACAGAAGAAUAUAGUGCAUGUUUGUCCGAGCCGUGUUACAAUCUUGGCACAUGUAUUGACUUGCCCGGAACAACAUACGCUUGUGUGUGUUCUGACCAUUACACAGGAAUCAAUUGCGAAACACUGCUCAAAGAUGAUUCCCCAAUCGCCUAUAUAGAGACCCCGUCCUUCGACGGUUCGUCUUAUAUAAGACUAAAACCAUUGAAGGCUUACCAUAAGCUGAAUAUUGAUAUCGAGUUCAAGGCAUUUUCUGAAAAUGGAGUAAUAUUGUACAAUCAGCAAAAAUACGACGGUACAGGCGAUUUUGUUUCGCUCGCUCUUGUGAACGGAUAUUUAGAGUUCAGGUAUAACCUUGGCAACGGGGCUAUAAUUCUUACAUCACUGGAAAAAAUAACCUUAAAUGAAUAUCAUAAAGUAUCGGCAAAAAGAUAUCAUCGAGAUGGGAUCCUAUCAGUUGAUAAUAUGGAAGAUGUAGCGGGACAAUCGAGAGGAAACCUAAAAGCAUUGGACCUCGCUGAUGACGCUUAUAUUGGCAGCGUGCCUACUAAUUAUUCGAGAGUCUACGAUAAUAUCGGGACACGAAGCGGCUUUAUUGGCUGUGUGAAAUACUUGAGAAUAAUACGCCAUCAAGUAACUAAGAAAUUGGGUCGUCCUGACUCAUUAGUAGUCGCUUUAGAAAACGUCCAAGAGUGUCAAUCUAAUCCAUGUAUGAGUAUGCCGUGUAAAAAUGGGGCUACGUGCCGAGCUAUCGAGGGCUCGCUCACUGACUACGCAUGUAGCUGCUCUCUCGGAUUUCAAGGGUCCAAUUGUGAGGAGAGAUUAGAUCCUUGCGAAUCAAAUCCUUGCGGAUAUGAUGAGAGUCUAUUGUGUGACAUUGGACCCGAUGGAGGACACGUCUGUCGUUGUUUAUUUGGAGAAAUCGGAUCUAGUGGAAAUACUUGUAACAAUGAUGUCAAUGUUAUUCAAGAGACGUGGUCUCCUCAAUUCAAUGGCACGAGCUACAUCGAGUUAAUGCCCCUCGAAGGUCUUGGAAAAGCGUUUCGAAUCGAAAUUUGGUUUUUAACGAACCGAUUCUCCGGAAUGCUGCUCUACACCGGCCAAUCCAAUAAAGCGAAGGGAGAUUUUAUAGCUAUUAACUUAGUUAAUGGAUACCUCCAGUUUAGAUACAAUUUAGGGAGUGGGAUUGCUAAUAUCACGUCACCAGUAUCAGUGAGCAAGGGUCGUUGGCACCGCGUGCGUGUGGGGCGCGCAGGCCGACACGGAAGCCUACAACUCGACCACCACCCCGUUCAGAGGGGGCACUCACCCCCACCCCUAACGCACUUGGAGCUGACACUGCCCCUCUUUAUUGGAUCUCUACCUUCUUAUAUCCGUCCCCACAAAAUGUCAGGGGUGACCAGCAGUUUUAUAGGAGCCGUGCAACAGGUCUUUGUGAAUGGCGAACCAUUAUCCCUGUACAGUUCGGAAACGGCCAAGUGUGUUGUAGUCCCCGAGGAGGAAAGGCUUCCUUGUGCCACGAGUGGGGUCACCAAGUACACUGGUCCGCCUUGUGGAAAUGGUCUAACACCGUGUAAAAAUAAUGGCUCAUGUAUACCACUAUUGAACGAGUAUAAAUGUGUGUGUCGCGAAGGCUAUGAAGGCAGGAACUGUGAGGUGCAAUUAAAAGUGGAGAUGUUGAACGACGGAGCACCUGUUAGGUUCGACGGAAAUAAUUACUUCUCGUAUAGGAGCCGGGGCGGACGCAGCUUACAAACUAAUGCGCUGUUUGGUGAAGGAAAUUAUGAUGUAAGAUAGCGUUAAUGGAUGCAUUCAAUAGAUAAUAAUAUAACUUCACAAUAAUUAGAUUAGGUAAUUAAUUUUGUGAUAU